CAAGUAUCUUCAAAUAUCAAGUAUAUUAAAAAAACAAAAGAGAAAGAUUAAAUACUUAUUCCCAUUUUUAUUUUAUAUUUUAUAUUACUAUAUAUUAUAUAUAUCCAGUGACGGUGUGCUUUGGUAAAAGGCCAAAGACUCUUGGGUCUCUGCAACAUAUCACCACACCACCAUGGAAAACUAUUUUGGAAACCCUAAUUUCUGUCACUCUGCCGUGGUCAACAUGGCAGCAUCUCCAGCCUCCGAGUUCAAGAUAUCUGAUUAUCUUAUAUUGGAAGAUGUUGUUGAUUAUCAUCAUGAAGAGUGUUGGUCACUAAGCACUGAAACUGAAUCAUCGGAGAAAGCAAACUCUAGCGAUGCCAGUCAUGGAUUUGGUGAUGCAACCUCCUCCAUCACCACCACCACCAACAACAACAUAAAGUGCAAAAAUAAAGGGAUUAAGCAAAAGAAGGCAGAAGUGAGUCAAAGCAUCACGUUUAGAACCAGAUCGCAGCUCGAGAUCAUGGAUGAUGGAUAUAAAUGGAGGAAAUACGGAAAGAAGACAGUGAAGAACAAUUCCAACCCAAGGAACUACUACAAGUGUUCAGGUGCAGGAUGCAGUGUGAAGAAAAGGGUGGAAAGAGACAGAAAUGACUCGAACUAUGUUCUAACAACGUACGUAGGUGUCCACAAUCACCACACCCCGUCUUCCUAUUACACCCAAAUGCCUUUGUUGCAUUCUGAUGAUUGGAACCUUCACCCUUCUGCAACUCAAAACUCAUAGCUCCUCAUUACAUAUACUUAAUCAUAAUUAACUAUCUCCUUCUCCAUACAACCCUUCUAUUUUGAACUUUAAUUAUGUAAACCUAUAUGGAACAUAUGAUGACCAUGUUAUGUACUAUUAGUACAA